AUGAUCGAAUUCGAGAACAGUGAAGUCGAGAAUAACAGGGGAGUGGUGUAUUUAAGAGAAGACUUUAGUUCUACAAGCAGAUCGCUAUUGAUGGCGUUACUGUGCAUCCGGGGCGACUGGUACCUAUAUCUCUGGCUGAUAUACUGCAAGAUCUACUCGGCCGUCGUAUGGCUGGUGGGCAAUCACUGCCGCGGGACUGAUAAGGGCCGCGCCGUGAUAACCGCCGGCGUCGGCGGACAGUCGCCCGCAGGCCUUCACAGAGUGCGCACGCGUCGCAAGAGAACCCAACAGCACCGCACCAAGCACGUAGUCGCAUUAGUGAGGAGGCCGUCCCUGAGGCGAAUUGUCAUGGCACCAGGAGCGAGUACCGCGCACGCAAUGAUGGAGGACAAGGAGAAAGCACUCCACGGCGCUUUGGCCAACGUUUCCAUCCGUUCGCGUCGCAUCAGCCAGUUUGCGCCGCUCCUCAUUGCCCUUGUUGGUUUGCCCGCUCGCGGCAAAAGCCAGCUGGCCCACCGCCUAUCCAGGCACCUCAACUGGAAUGGAGAGAGCACUAAAGUGUUCGACUGCAGCGAGUACCGUCGGAAGCACAUGGCGCUUUACGGCAGCCAUGACAUAUUCCGCGCGGACAACCAUCAGGGCUCGGCCAUCCGCCGCCAGAGCGCCCGCGAGGCCGUCCAGGACGCAGUCCUGUGGCUCAAAGACGGCAACAGCGUCGCUAUCUUCGACGGCACCAACAUCACGCGUGAGCAGCGCCGCGAGCUGAACGAGUACUGCCUGUCCGAGAUGGGCUUCAGGAUAAUAUUCAUCGAGUGCGUCUGCGAGGAUCAGGAGCUGCUGGAGAGGAACAUCAUUGAGAUCCUCCACUACUCAGCGGACUACAAGGCGAUGAGCGAGGAGGAAGCGGUGGACGAUCUGAGAAAGAAGUUAGAGCACUACAUGAGGCAGUACGAGCCCAUCGACGGCGCCCUGGAGUCCAUAAGCUUCGUGCGAGUGGAGAACAUGGGCGAGACGGUCACAGCGCACAAAGUCGCCGGUCAAAAAGAGUCCGGAAUUCUCGGAUAUCUGACCGGGAUGAAAGCCCUGCCGCAGACACUAUAUUUCACCAGGCACGGCGAGAGCGAAUACAACGUGCUCGGGCGCAUCGGCGGCGACGCGGACCUGUCCGCGCGCGGGCAGACCUACGCGCGCGCGCUCGGCGAGCACAUGAACGCGCUCGCCGGCAUAGAGCCGGUCAGCGUGUGGACCUCCGAGCUGCGGCGCACCAAGCAGACCGCCGCCCACAUUAGGGCGCCGAAGCGGGCCGUGCGGGCGCUCAACGAGCUCGACGCCGGAAUCUGCGAGGGUCUGACGUACGAGGAGAUGCAGGAGCGCUUCCCGCAGGAGUUCGCGUGGCGGGACCAGGACAAGCUUCGCUACCGCUACCCCUGGGGCGAGUCCUACAUUGACAUAAUGACCCGCCUCCGCCCCGUGCUGUCGGCGCUCGAGGACGAGCACAACGUCGUCGUGGUCGGCCACCAAGCGGUGCUGCGCUGCAUGAUCGGAUACUUCCUGGACGCCAAGCUCGAUGAACUCCCAUAUAUGAACGUGCCCCUUCACACUAUUGUGAAGCUUACUUCUUACGGUUACAAAUACAAGGUUGAGAUGAUAAAGUUGCCCAUAGAUUGUGUAGACACGCACCGCAAGCAGCCCAAGAACUGCUCGAUCAACAGAAGCACCGCUGAGGCUCUGCGGGGAGACCCCGCGUCUGAGGUUACCCCAAGUCCAGCCCUGGAAAAAGCGCGGACGGAAACGACCGGCCGAAGCGACGGGAGCUUGGCGGUCCACGGCAUCAGUGCAACGAGACCUAGUGCCACAUACGCGUACAAAUCAAUCCAGGUUCGCAAAUACGCUACGUUUUGUGACACGCAUGGAGCCUUACCUUUAAAAAUGUUAAACGAGCAAGAUUUAAUGGUGGCGCGCGCCAUAGCAGCGGAGUCCAGGGAAAACUCUCCCGGAGGAUCGCCAGGGCCGCUUCGAAAAAAUCCACUUAGUAAAGUGGUUGAUAAGCUGAAUACAUUCAGGUACAUAAUA